AGGCAGCGCUUACACAAACCUCGGCUGUCGGACACUGAAAGCAACAAGCUUGACUGGACAGGACGCCCACUGCUGCAUUGCUGAGAAAUCAUUAAUUGAGAGCACAGUUCCGGGAAUAAGAACACAAGAGGUUGACUUUGUCGUGCUAAACGUUGGUUUGAACUGAAUUGGAGGAAGGAAGAUGACGGCGGGGUAUAAAGAAGACAAGGAGGACUGGCAGGCCGUGUGUCUCAAGUACCUGCUCUUUGUAUUCAACUUUCUCUUCUGGAUGGGUGGAGCUGCUGUCUUGGGUGUUGGAGUCUGGACACUGGUGGAGAAAAGUGACUACUUGAGUCUGCUGGCAUCCAGCACUUUUGCUGUCUCAGCGUAUAUCCUCAUCCUGGCUGGAAGCCUGGUGGUGGUUACAGGCUUUCUGGGCUGUUGUGCUGUCAUCCGGGAGCAGAGGAGCUGUCUGUCCACGUACUUCCUCUGUCUGUUGCUGAUCUUCUUGAUUGAACUGGUUGCCGGAGUAUUGGCUUACGUCUAUUACCAAAAGCUGAGUGAAGAGCUGAAGCACCAUCUCAACCAGACGAUGACUGAGAACUACGCCCAGCCAGGGAAGGAGGCCAUAACUUUAGCAGUGGACAAACUACAACAAGACUUCAAGUGCUGUGGCAGCAACAACUCCCAUGAUUGGUUGAUGAGUGUUUACAUAUCAUCAAAGCCGGCAGAGAGCAGGGUGGUGCCUGACAGCUGUUGUAAAACCAUCAUCCCUCUGUGUGGCAAGAGAGACCACCCCUCCAACAUCUACAAGGUCGAGGGAGGAUGCAUCACCAAGCUGGAGCAGUUUCUGGCCGACCACCUGCUGAUCAUUGGUGCUGUGGGAAUAGGCGUGGCUUGUCUGCAGAUCUGUGGCAUGGUGUUCACCAGCUGCUUGUACAGAAGGAUCAAGACGGACCCUUACUGAGCACACCAGACAUCCCCGACACACCAACUACGACAGGCAGACGGACCAAUGACCUGCUGACAUCUUCAAUUCAACCUUCUGGAUCUCGAGCUCUGAUCUGGUGAUCAGAGUGGAGUGCACAUACAAGGGUCUAUUUUAAACAGAAACAUGAUGCGUUAUUGACCAACAGGCUCAUCUUCUACCCUCCACUUGUACAGUAUUGACACCUGACUGUUGCUUUGGCCUAGAUGCAUGCCUUAUUUUUUUUACCCAGACAAAGAAAGGAUAAUGCAUACUCACAAUGCAUUCUACUUUUUUCACUUAAUGAAGGUCUAGAUUGACUCAACAUGUUUUCAUUGUUUAGACUUUUUUGGGGCUAUACCACUACUAAAGUAAGACGAGGUGUUCACUAGUGUAACUGCUUUAGAGAAAAUAAUUUAUGGAUGUAACUUUAGUGAACAUGAUGGUCUGCCACUGUUUGUCUGGUAAAAUAACUGUAUUAAUUCUUUGACUGAAAUCCUUCAGAGGACAGUGACAAUGUACUGUGGCCAUUUGCAACAUAUAACACCAAAAUGUAUAUUUGUAGUUUUAUGUACAUUUCUUAAUAUAAGAGCGGUAAAUAGUAAACUCAUGAUAGUUAUCUUAAAGUUAACUCCAUGGUUACAGUCAAAUGUAAGGCUACAACCUUUAAUAUGAUCAUCUAAUAUGUUAAGUAAUUUGCUCUAACUUUCCCUGGAAUGACAACUCCCCCUAGUGGUCAGCACUGGUCAUAUCAUUUCCUAUGACUUAUAAACAACACUGUGAUAAACUCAGUUCUGGUAUCCUAUACUAUAGGAUUUUAAACGUUGUCAAAAAUCAGCUAUGUAUGUUAAUUUGUGUUGUACACCAGUCAGCCAUGACAUAAAGACCAGCCGUGUAAUCAUGUGAAGAUACCUUAGAUGAGGUGAGCGAAAUAUGAUCACCUUUCAUGUAAUGCACUCCUGUACACCACCACCAACACACACUACGACUUCAAUGAUAAAUGUAAUCAAAGUAUGAUCAUCGUCCCGUCUAUUUCAGCAAUAACUGAAAUGCAGAGGCUUUGUAAAAGUAGAAUCUGUGGUGAGCUGUGAUUGUUGUAUUUUGGGCGGUGGAUUUUUACAGAAGCACUACCUUAUGAGAGUGAGAGUUAACACUGACUUUUUGCACUGAACAGUAAAAAAAGCAAACUCAAACUUUUUCUCUCAUGCCUCAACCCCCCCCGCCAACUAAAUGUUAACUACAGCAUUUAAAUCUUCUAGGUUUAAUUCUUAUUUCUUUGAGGACCAAAAGAAAAGCUGUUUCUCCAAAGUUAUAAUAUAGAGUUCUAACAAAAGAAUGUGUUGCAAUAAAAUGCUAAAAAAAAAAAGCUACUUGCAGCCUGUUGCAACACAGCCCAAAGAGAUGAUUGCUUCUGACAAGGCAAAUAGCCAAUCAUUGAGUUUUAGUGUCUAGGCUGGCCUAUCAGAUAUUAAGUGUUCAUUCUGCCACGCCCCAGGCCACCCUCCCCCUGAUGUUGCCACAUCCUCCAUGGGGGGGCGCCCAACAAUUUGAGAAGCACCAGUCUAAACUCUAAUUUUUAAACCCUGUUUCUUAUGAUUUACGUAUAAUUACCUUAUACCUGUACUACUGUAAGCUGAGUGAGGGUAAUGUGUAAACUGCUGUCACUUAAUGAAGACUGGUGAAUGAAGUUUUUAUAAUUUGUGAACACGAUGUGCCUUUUUUAAUUGUUACCAUGUUAAUACUAAUUUUCUGUAUUAUUUCUGUGCCCUUAAUCUUUAAAAAAAAAAAGAAGAAGCUGACCAUGUACUGGGAACACUAUGGUAUUUGAAACAUAUUGAAUACAUACAUUGAUGAUGUUUGUAUAGUAUUGUAUGUACUGUAUUAUCUGACUGCAGAACUAUAGAUUAUUUGUAAUGUAAUAAAAUGGAACACAUUCACAUGUGCUUUUAUCAGCUGAAGUAGGACACCACUAGAGGGAGACAAAGGUUUUACAUUUACUGAGGUACUCUCUGCAGUUCAUUGUGUUGAAUAAUCCUGAGCUACUGAUGCUGCCCCAAGCUUAUACUUCAAUUUUUGCUCCAAAAAGUUGUUCUCUAUUCUCAGUGUUACAGCAAAAGUUUCAUCUAAAUCUUUUUAAAAAUCAGUCUCUUUGUUUUUCCUGUUUUUUUUGCGGUUGUGUACGCAUUAAGAAUUAACAUCCUCCAAUAAAUCAGAUACAUGUUGGGUGAGA